CUAAAAAGAACGGACCAAUAGUUGAUCGUCUGAAAUCAUACACUGAGAAAGGGGGAGAGAGUCUGUUGGGUGACACAGUGAGAUUAUACUGUGAUGAUAUCAUGUGAAGUUACAGCGUGGGUGUUUAAAUAUAUGCAGCUACGUUAUGAUGUCGAGAUCGACUGCAUAAAUCUAGUAGAGUGCUGGAUUCUCAUUUUCUUUUAACAGAGCUGCGAAGGAAUUAAAAAAAAAUGUAUAAAGUAAUUCUUACUUUCUUUGUUACAAUUUCUUUGAUACACGGAGAAGAUUAUUAUGAAAUUCUCGGUAUAAGCAAGACAGCUGGCCAGGAUGAAAUACGGAAGGCUUUCAAAAAGCUAGCUAUUAUUCAUCAUCCUGACAAGAAUAGUGAUGACCCAAAUGCUCAUGACAAGUUUAUUCAAUUAACAAUGGCUUACGAAGUACUGAAGGAACCAGACUCAAGAAGGAAAUAUGAUCUCUAUGGAAAAGAUGGUCUUGAUAUAUCUGAUAAGAAACAAACCUAUCAUUCAUGGAGUUACUACCAGGAUAAUUUUGACAUAUAUGAGGAUGAUCAAUAUGUUGUUACUUUAGAGAAACAUGAUUAUUUUGAAAGUGUCACCAACUCUGACUCAACUUGGUUCGUGAAUUUCUAUUCCCCGAUGUGCAGUCACUGUCAUCACUUAGCACCUGUUUGGAAGGAAGUUGCAAAGUUACUCGAUGGUGUUGUGAAGAUUGCAGCAGUCAACUGUGAAGACAAUUGGCAUUUGUGCCAUCAAGUAGGAAUCAGGGCAUAUCCUACAUUGUUUCAUUUCAAAAAGAACUCACAGCACGGAACACACUAUACGGGGAGACAUACUCAAGAAGCCAUUGUACAAUUUGCAUUGGACAGGCAAAAUAUUCAUUUACCUGAAAUAAGUAAAUCCCAAUGGAAGCUCAUUUUGCGUGGCAUGGAAACUGAAAGACCAAUGUUAGUGUUUAUUUGUGGCGGUCAACAGAACUGUUUUACCUCUGAAGAAAAGCUUACAGUAGCGGCUAUAUUUGAUAAAGUGAUUGAUGUCAAGAUAUUUGUUUGCGAGGAUGGCAAUUGGGGUCAUCGGAAAAUAUCUUACAAUACGCAUGCGGUUUAUCUACCGAUAUAUAAUGCAUCCUCGUGGGAACCUAUAUUUCUGAACGAUUUUCCUGAUCUUAAUACGUUAAUAGAAAAACUCUUGGAUCAAUUGCCAACACCGCAGGAGUUGACCGAAAACAAUUUUGAGAAUAUCAAGGAGACCGAUACCGCUUGGCUUAUUUGCUUUUAUCUCGGAGAUUCAGCAGCUGCAGAUACGCAAAUGAAGAAACUCUCGACCGUUAAUAUCAAUUUCGGUAAAAUAAAUUGUGGCAGAAACGGGCAACUUUGUAGCAAAUUGGGUGUGAAUCGUUAUCCAAUUUGGGGCGUUCUUAAGCCAGGUGGAGCAUUUGAAUUGCACCACGGUAAGAAUACGAAUAACGACAUUAUCAAGUUUGUGCAAAUUAGUGCGAAGGCUACAAACGUCCGGGCUCUCACCGCAGUGGAAAUAUUAUCGAUACUACAAAGAAACAGCGGAAAUGAAGUGUGGUUUUUAGAUUGGUAUGCUCCGUGGUGUCCACCUUGUAUACAUUUUUUGUCAGAACUUCGCAGGGCGUCGUUAGAAUUCGAUGUGUCGAUAGUCCGUUUCGGUACCAUCGAUUGCACCGUCCAUGCUAUGCUAUGCCGUCAAUAUAACAUACAUUCUUAUCCCACCGCGAUGCUCAUCAACGGCAGCAACACGCAUCAAUUUACGGUACAAAAAACAGCUACGAACGUUAUCCAAUUUAUCAACGAGAGAAGAAACCCGUCAGUCAUAGAAUUAACGUCGGAAAACUUUCACCGCAAACUGGCGAAGAAGAAGAGUAAAGUUAUGUGGAUCGUUGAUUAUUUCGCACCGUGGUGCGGCCCGUGUCAGCGAUUGGCACCCGAAUGGAUAAUCGUUGCAAAGUCGUUGAGCGAUUUGUCGUUCAUAAAUGUGGCUAGUGUAAAUUGUGAGGUUGAGGCUUCCCUAUGCGCUUCUCAGGGAGUGCGUUCGUACCCCAACAUUAGGCUAUAUCCAAUAGGAAGCGAGGGCCUGAAUACGGUCGCCCUGUACAAUGGAAAGCGAGAUUCGUUAUCCAUAUUAACGUGGAUAACGACGUUAUUGCCAAAAAAAGUCCGCGAUUUGAAUUCUUCGGAAUACCGUGAAAUAUUUAAUAGCAAACACAUGUGGAUUGUCGACUUUUAUGUACCACGAUGUGGCCAUUGUCAGAGGAUGGAGCCUCAGUUUGCAAUUGCUGCUCAGUUAGUGGAAAAAGUGCGAUUUGGAAGAAUCAACUGCAAUUUCUAUAUGUACGAUUGCGAACAGGCAAACAUUCAAAUAUUUCCUACGUUAAUAUUAUACAAGCUGAGGAGAAACAACAGCUAUGACGGUGUCAGAAUAAUUGGGACGACAGCUAAGACGAUAAGGGAUGAAAUUUUAGAGACAAUUACAAAUUCUCGCAUAAAACACGACGAACUGUAAUAUAUAUACACAGCA